GUAGGCGGGGAUUGCCUCCAUAGCCAUCGCCAGAGCCCCGUUGCUCUUCCUGGUGCUCUUCUUCCACAAUCUUGGAGCCCAUGUGCCUCAUCGCAAUCAAUCGGCACAACUGCAACUCUCCGACGUCGGACGAGGCUUCGUUCCGAUCGUUUCCAGCUCUGUUUUGAUCCCAAUCGGUCUCAGAAAUCGUUCCGUGGGGUUUCGAGGCUGAGAGACGAUGUUUACCAUCGUGAUGGUGAUGCAUUUGUCGUGAGGAGGACUUCUAAGAGGAUGUCCUUAGAAAUAUUUGGAUCUUGUACAGUGUAGAUCGGGAGUAAGGCUGCACGUUUGAGUCGGCAGGGCGUUGUGGUGGAGGGGUGGUGACGGUGGACCGAGAUGAUGGACGUGGACACGGCUCGGGAGCUCGACAUUUGUAGUUUUCAGCAGGCUUGAUUGAGCACUGCUAGGGAGGAGCAGCAUUCUAGAAAGAAAUUCAGAUCUUGAGUCGGAAUUGGUGAUUUCAAGGGAGCGAUUGGUUUUUUGAUUUCACAAUGGGGACUAGAUUGCGGGACAUGAUACGGUCAAUUCGGGCUUGUAAAACCGCAGCUGAGGAGAGAGGCGUUGUGGCAAAAGAGUGUGCAAUACUUCGAAAUGCCUUCAAAGAGAGUGACCCGGAUUAUCGACAUCGCAAUGUUGCCAAGCUCAUGUUCAUCCAUAUGUUGGGCUAUCCUACUCACUUUGGUCAGAUGGAAUGCAUCAAAUCAAUUGCUGCACCCAGCUUUCCUGAGAAAAGAAUUGGAUACUUGGGUCUCAUGUUGCUGCUUGAUGAGCGACAGGAGGUGCUGAUGUUGGUGACCAAUUCUAUGAAAAAUGACUUGGGCCACACCAAUCAAUUUAUUGUUGGAUUGGCGCUUUGUGCACUCGGCAACAUUUGCACUGCUGAAAUGGCUAGGGAUCUUGCUCCCGAAGUGGAAAAACUUCUACACAGUACGAACUCCUACGUUCGUAAGAAGGCAGCAUUGUGUUCGGUGAGGAUCGUUCGGAAGGUGCCGGACCUUGUUGAGAAUUUGAUGGUUCCAGCUACAGGACUUCUUACAGACAAACAUCAUGGUGUUUUGGUAGCAGGAGUGAAGCUUUGCACUGAGCUUUGUCAAACCAGCGAGGUGGCCAUUGAGCAUUUUAGGAAGCAUGUAAAUACAAUGGUCCGGGUGUUGAAAAAUCUGGUGAUUAGUGGCUAUGCUCCCGAGUAUGAUGUCAGUGGGAUUACGGACCCCUUUCUACAAAUCAGGCUCCUUAGACUGUUGCGUCUGCUAGGGAAUGGUGAUGCUGAUAUCAGCGAUACCAUGAGUGAUGUUCUUGCCCAGGUUGCAACAAAUAUAGAAGGCAACAAAAAUGCAGGCAACGCAAUUUUGUACGAGUGUGUACAAACAAUCAUGGCCAUAGAGGCUAUUGCUGGCCUUCGCGUACUGGCUAUUAACAUUUUGGGUCGCUUCUUGGCGAAUCGUGAUAAUAAUAUAAGAUAUGUUGCUCUGAACACACUUGUCAAAGUUGUAUCAAUCGACACUCAAGCGGUCCAGCGGCAUCGUACCACGGUUGUUGAAUGUGUUAAGGAUUCAGAUAUUUCCAUUCGGAGACGAGCUCUGGAGCUUGUCUGUGCGCUGGUCAAUGAAACCAAUGUCAAGGUUUUGACGAAAGAGUUGGUUGACUAUCUCAAAGUUACUGAUCCUGACUUUAAGGGAGAUCUCACUGCAAGGAUAGCUGGACUAGUCCAAAAAUUUGCACCAAACAAACAGUGGUACAUCGACCAGAUUAUUCUACUUAUGGUUGAGGCUGGGAAGUAUGUUACCAGUGAUGUGACAAGAUCUUUGGUGGUUGUUAUAAGUAAUGCAAAUGCUCUUCAGGGCUAUACAGUCAGAACCCUUUAUCGAGUAUUUCAAGCAUGGGACGGGCAGGAAAGUUUUGCACAAGUCGCUCUUUGGUGCAUCGGUGAGUAUGGGGAUUUGCUAGUCAGCAGUGAAAAUAAGUUGGAAGGCGAAGAACCUCUUACUGUCACAGAAUCAGACAUUGUAGAAAUUGUUGAAAAUGCUUUGAAAGACUCCAGGGCUUCAUCAGCCACAGUAGCAUUCGCUCUCACGGCGCUCCUGAAACUCUCAAUUCGUUUACCCAACUCUGCAGAUCGCAUUAAGGCCUUGAUCUUGGAGCAUAAAGGAAGUUUGGUGCUGGAGUUGCAGCAACGGGCUAUUGAGUUUGGGUCAAUCCUUACGAAGCACAAUGAUCUCAAGGGAGCACUUGUGGAGAGAAUGCCUGUUUUGGAUGAAGCCAGAUAUUACGCCAACAACGCAAUGGGCAUUGAUGGGCAACAAACUACUGAUAUUGAAGCAUUAGAACCUCAUGCUAAUGGACAUGUGAGACAACCAAAUGCAAUCGAAAAACCUACUGCUGCUGCUGCUGCUGCUGCUGCUAACCUUAUCGAUUUACUCAGCUUUACCGAUGAGCCAACUACUCUAUCAAAUUCUUCAGGAAAUGCCUUAUUGGAUCUCCUUGGUGGUGGGCCCAUGGGUGAUGCUAACUCAGCUUCUUCCCCAGGAGGGGGAGACAUGUUUUUGGACCUUCUCUCAUCAGAUGGGCCAGCUCCACUUGCAACUACUGCUGCGGUUCCAUUGGAGGGUCUACUGGAUGUUGAACCCAUUGCAAAUACUUCAUUGGGCAAUUCCUCUCUUAAUGGAGGUACUCCCAAAGGUCCACCUGCAAUUGUGGAUCCCAUUGCAAAUAUUUCAUUUGGCAACCUCUCUCUUAAUGGAGGGACUGCCAAAGGUCCGCCUGCAGUUGUGGAUCCCUUUGCAGAUCUUACAUCUACAGCAAUGCCCGCACCUGCUUCGGCUCCAGGGUUACCAUCUAUUAUUGCCAUGCAAACAAAUGGGCUAAAAAUUUCAUUUGACUUCACGAAAGCUGUAGAUGCACCUAAAGCUACUGUCAUCAAGGCUUCUUACAGUAAUCUGUCAUCAAACAUUUAUACUGAUUUUGUCCUUCAAGCAGCAGUUCCAAAGUUUAUGCAACUGCAGUUAGAGCCUGCUACGAGCGGAAUUCUUUCUGCUAACUCGAGCAACUUAGUCACGCAAGUGAUCAAGCUUACAAAUAACAUGCAUGGACAGAAAGCUUUGGUGAUGAAGUUGAGAGUGAGCUACAAGGUUAAUGGAAAUAAUGUAUUAGAACAAGGGCAAGUCAAUAACUUUCCUGCGGGAUUGUAGUAAACCUUUAGUUCAUUAACACGAGGUCGUGCCAGGCUACAUAAAUCAGCUGGCGAUUGAUCGUCUUUCAGCGGCUGUUUUGAGUCAUCGAAGUUAGGAUUGAGUACUCUACAAUUUAUUAUUUUCCCAGAAAGGAGUAGUUACAUGCUGAGUGUAGAUAGGUUUUAGCUAGAAACUAAUGAACGAGCAAGUGAACGAGCAUGUGCUUGAUAUUAUCACGAUAAGGUGGAUGUACACUCGCUUGUAUUGUUUACAAGUGCUAGAGAGUUUUCUAGGGUGUUACCCGUUAGCAAUUUUGAUCAAUCAUACGGAAGACACUCUCUUCCUUUACAUGACAGUGGAAUACUAGCUCCAUACUAGUGAUACGUUCCUGUUCAGAUCUAAUGGGAAUAAAUCAGUUUUAAUGAUAGUAAGAUGUUAAGGCAUAAAUUUCAUGUGUAAUUUGUGGGGCCCUUCUCUCCACACAAGAUUUUGCCUCCA